CAGACCCAAAUCUAGCCCGACCAAACUUAUGCCAACCGCUAUUAAACACCUAUAUGAAUUAGGGUUUUGCUCUCUGUGUCUUCUUCUCGUUUGCUUACAAGAGAAAAUCUUUUAACAGAGCCGCAGUCUCUCUUUCUCAAAACGAGAUGGCGAAGUCGAAGAAUCACACAGCUCACAACCAGUCAUACAAGGCUCACAAGAACGGAAUCAAGAAACCCAAAAGGCACCGUCACACAUCCACCAAAGGGAUGGACCCCAAGUUUUUGAGGAACCAGAGGUAUGCAAGGAAGCACAACAAGAAGGGAGCUGAAUCAGGUGCUGACGAAGAGUAGACUCUUUUCCUUUGAAAAGAUGAGAGCUCUUUUUUGUUAUGGGGUUUACUUUACUAUCCUGUUUUUAAGAUCUAGUUGUUUCUUCAAUGGAUAUUGUUCUUAGUACUGUAAUGACUUGAUGGUACCCUUUAGCAGAUUUUAUUAUUGAGCCGGUUUUAUUUUAUGGAUUCUUACUGAUGUUUUGCUAAA